CGACCGGGCUUCUCGGUGGAAUGGUCAGGGUCGUCGAUCACUCCGGUCGGUCACUUGCGUUCUCAGUGCUGUGUUGUCUGCUCUUGCGUCGUCGGUUCUUGCAUGUCACCUAUAAAGAGACCCCUUCAGCUGCUGCAAGUGGACCAGCCCUACGAACCCCACGAACGGCUGAAGAUUCUCAGCAUAAGCGCCUAAAAAUAGCACAAAGACACAUGGCGACGCCGACGACGAUGAACUCGCAGUUGAUCUCGACAAUGAUCUGUGAGUUACAUCAUUCACAAGGAUCAAACGGCGGCACAUCCUCCUCGGGGGAUUGACAAUGGCUUUACUAACCCUAGCAGUCCUGUUGACCUUUCUCUUUCUCUUCCCCGCUCGGCUAGUUGCUGCGGCGGCUUCGAGCGGAGCGUACGAUCUUGUGAUCCUCGGCGCCACACCGGGCGGGAUCAUGGCGGCCGUUGCCGCAGCCCGUGUUUCGAAUGCAACCGCGAAUAUUUUGAUUCUCGAGCGCACGUCGUACAUCGGCGGACUACCGGCGAAUGGGCUCGGCGCGACUGAUAUCGCGACAAGAUCGGCGACCGGUGGAUUGUUCCUCGAGUUUGUCGGCCGUGUGAAGCAGCAGUAUGUCGACACGUACGGAGAGAGCUCGCAGCAAGUCAAGGAUUCCCAGAAUGGUUACCAUUUCGAGCCGAAGGUUGCCGAGAAGGUUAUGAAAGAGUUCCUGGCGGAGGUCGCAGAUAAGGGUGUCGAGGUCAAGGUUCGCCGGCAGUUCGAUGCGCAGGUGGAGAAUGCCGAGGUGGAGGACGGGUGCGUCAAGAAGAUCAAGGUCACCAACCGCGAUACCGGAGCGGCCGAGUGGUACGAGGGAAAGUACUUCAUCGACGCCACCUACGAAGGUGACCUCAUCGACGCCGCGCGAAUCCCCUUCUUCAGCGGCCGCGAAAGUGCCUCCAAAUUUGGCGAGAUCGGAGCCGGCGUGGUCUACAAGUACUGGAAGGGCGACGAGGCUGAAGGCACCACGCACGAAGGCGACGACCGAAUCCAGGCCUACAACUACCGCCUCUCCCUGACGAACGACCCAGAAAUCGUCUACAAGAUCCCGAAGCCAAACAAGUACAACCGCACCGAAUACGUCUCCCUGAUUGACGACAUCAUUACCGGCUGCCACACCGGCUACCAAGCCGAAGGUCUCUGUCCCGGCACCGUAGGGGAUCCAGACGUGCAGCCCAACUUCCCCGGCUCGCCAGUCGGCAUCGACCGUCUCUCUAGCAUGUCUCAGAUCCCCAACCAAAAAUGGGACGGCAACAACCAGCAUCUUGGCUUCAUCUCCACCGACCUGCCCGAGGAAAACCAGGGCUACCCCACCGCCUCUUGGGCCUGGCGCGACCGCUUCGCCGAGCGAUUGAGGUCUUACAUCCUUGGCCUAUUCUACUUUGCACAAAACGACCCGGAGGUCCCGGAGUGGUUCCGCAACAAGACUGCCGCUUGGGGCCUGGCAAAGGACGAGUACACGGACAACAACUACUUCCCAAGGCAAGUGUACGUCCGCGAGGGACGCCGCAUGCACGGUGAAUUCAUCUUCACAUCCAACGACGCCACGCCCGCGGCGGACGGCGAGCGCCCACCUGUACACAGCGACUCGAUCACCAGCAGCCAUUACGCGCUCGACUCGCACGGUGUCCGGAAGCGCGAAGAAGGCCGUGCCCACCUCGACGGAUUCGUGAGCUACCCCACCCAGCCCUACACCGUCCCCUACCGCGUCAUCGUCCCCGUCAAAGCCGCAGGCAUCAAAAACGUCCUCGCCCCCGUCCCCGUCAGCGGCAGUCACAUCGGAUUCUCAACGAUACGCAUGGAGCCGUGCUGGAUGGCGCUGGGCCAGGCGGCUGGCACGGCCGUUGCACUGCUGCUCGAGGAGGGCGGCGAACCCGCUGUCCACGAUCUUGAUGUCGCUACCCUACAGAAUCAGUUGUUUGAACAGGACGCGGUGCUGGUGUACAUCUCCGGCUGGGCGAAUCUGAGCAAGGAAGAGAGGAUCAAGCAGCAGAAGGAGAUUCUGAAAGCGGGCACGAGUGCGAAAUAGUGUAAAAAUUGGUGUGGUUAGAAUAAUGAUUUCUUGGAGUACGGUGUUUUAGAUGAUUUGGAAUUGAAGCAUUGAUGGAGAGUGCCUUUCGUUGUACAUACCUAUAGAUUUGAGGAGUUUCGGGAAUGAGUCUUGUAACUAUUG